AUGGUUUUCACAGCCAUUCGAUCCUCGCUCGCUCGGUUCCGCACCAUGUCUUCCUCCCCGCACCACCUUCAGUCGCGUAAUGUCUCUUUCUCCUCCUAUUUGGUGACCCCUAAGCAACUGAAUGAAGCCUUGAGAAAGAACCCUCCGGGCGGGACCAAGAUCUCCACCUCCCCGCGCGUGAUUCCUCUCAACGCAGCAUGGUUCAUGCCAAACGACCCCGAGGGUCGCAAGGGGAUCGAGUCCUUUCGCAACUCUCGCAUCCCCCAAGCUCGGUUCUUCGACCUCGAUGCCAUCAAGGAUCCCGACUCGCCUUACCCCCAUAUGCUCCCCACAUGCGAAACCUUCGCCGAGGCCAUGAGCGAGCUUGGGAUUCGUCGCGACGAUGAGAUCGUGGUUUACGACACCGCUGAGCUGGGAAUCUUCAGCGCCCCGCGGGUUGGAUGGACCCUCCGUGUUUUUGGUCAUCCCAAUGUACACAUCUUGAACAACUAUCGCCUGUGGGUGAAAGAGGGCCUUCCGACUGAAAGCGGGGAACCUACGCCUGUGGAAAAGUCCAAGUACUCCGUCCCAGUCUAUGACUCGCGAUUGGUGAUCUCUUUCCGAGAAAUGAAGGAGCUGGCUCUGGACUAUGGCAAGGAAGGAGCCGAGGAGAUCGAAAUCCUGGAUGCACGCUCUUAUGGUCGCUGGGCUGGAACCGACCCAGAGCCGCGCCCCGGUUUGUCCUCCGGUCAUCUCCCCGGCUCUAAGAGUCUCCCCUUCCAAGAGCUACUGGACUCAGAGACCAAGGCAUAUCUACCUGCGGAAGAUUUGCGCAAGGUCUUUGAGGAGCGCAAGGUAGACCCCAACCAAACGAUCAUCAGCUCUUGUGGUACUGGUGUGACUGCUUCGAUCAUUGAGACGGCGCUGGCCGUAGCAGAAUAUGGUGAUCCUAACCUGCGCCGGGUCUAUGAUGGCAGCUGGACCGAAUGGGCGCAACGUGUGAAGGAAUCGGACGGUCUGAUCAAGAAAGUGAAGUCAUAA